AUGGCCGUCAAUGCUGCAGAGGAAGAGUUCUUGCGGGCCCCGAGCACCCAAGAAUACAAGCCUGUGCAGCGAAAUGCCUCCGUCUAUAAUCCUUUAGAUACGUUCCGACUCCCGCCUGGCCAGGAGCGACAAUAUCAGCAGCAAUAUGGGGAUAUGUACUUCUUGCGGCUCGCGAAGCUCAAACCAGCGGUUGAGGCUGUUGCGGUUCAAGCUUGGGAAGGGCUCACUAUUGCCGGAGAGCGUGUUCGCCGCGUAGAACGAGUCCUCGACAACUUCACAUCUGCCCCUCCUCCUCGACGAACCUACAAAGACCCCUCACACCCAGAGUUAACAGAGAUCAUGCUCGAAGAUGAGUCCGGACGACUGCGCCUGACGGGGAGCAAACUUCGAUCAGUUCAACUAGCGACGGGAGUUAUCAUUGCGGUUCUUGGGACGGAGAAUGCGAACGGAGAUUUUGAAGCAAUUGAUAUCAAAGUUCCUGAUCUUGCUCCACAACCGCGUCGGUGGGAGAGAGAUGAAGCGAAAGCACCUAAGGAGCCGAAAAAGGGGAAGAUCGCAAUGGUUAGCGGUCUUGGGAUAACGGGGACAUCCAGCGAUACCCUCGCCCUUGAACUUUUGACGGACUACCUUCUGGGCUACACAGGUUCAUCGAAAAACGAAGACGGUUCUCUGCCUGAUGCUAGUGGGAUUACUAGAUUGGUCAUUGCGGGAAACUCACUCGGAGCGAGUACCAUUGAGGCGGCACCAGCAGUGAAUGGGCCAAAAGGAAAAAAGAUCGCACAGCAAAAGAAGUACGGAUAUGACGCUUCAGCGUAUAACGCGUCACCAAUCACACAACUUGAUUCCUUCCUCGCAGAGCUCCUACCCAGCAUACCGGUGACCAUCAUGUCAGGCGAAAGCGACCCGGCGAAUUUCGCACUUCCCCAACAGCCGAUUCACCGCGCAAUGUUCCCUCGGUCAAGGGCAUACUGUGCCGCACCACCAAGCGGCGAAGAGAAACCCGAGCCCGGCUGGUUCGACAGCGUAACGAAUCCGUGGGAGGGAGACGUGGAGGGAUGGCGGCUCUGGGGCUGCAGCGGCCAGAACGUGGACGAUGUUCUCCGCUAUCUCGACUUCGCCGAUGAAGAUGGUAAUAUCGAUACUGAUGGGGAUGUGGAGGCUAGAAUACGUGUUAUGGAGGCCAUGCUGCGGUGGAGGUGUGGGGUUCCCACUGCCCCAGAUACGAUAUGGUCUUAUCCAUUCCAAAACGACGAUCCCUUCGUUAUGGAAUCCUGCCCGCACCUCUUCUUCGCGGGAAACCAACCCCGGUUCAGGACCGCCGUUGUGGAGGGAGACACGCCGCUGAGACUGAACGGCGAAGACACAGAGAUGGGCGGGAUGGAGGAUGAACCUAUCCCCACUGUUCGCCUCAUUUCUCUCCCUAAGUUUCGGGAAACCGGAGAGCUUGUCUUGGUGGAUACCGAAACCCUGGAGGUGGAAGUCGUCAGGUUUGGGGCUUUUGCGGGGAAGGAAGAGAAACUUUGA